CCUCAAUCUGUGAACCGCGUUCCUGGGAUCACAUACAAAGAAAUGGAAAAGAAUGAAGGCAUAUCAAUGGCUUUAUCCAGAUGCCCCAGCUGGUGCCGAGUAAGGCUUGGCAAAGAUAUCCACGGAUGUGUUACGGUGGUUCCCUAUUUCGUCAUGGCCGACGUGGGCUUAGCUAAUUGGGUUCCAACGGAUUCUAAAUAAGCACAAAGGAUCCUAAAAGUAAGACAAAACCCCAUUUCGCUUCUUCGAAAAAAAGCAAAAACUAGAAAAUAUUGCGAUGACGACGACAAUAUAGAAUUACCCCACGCCCACCAUUUCCAUAGGACCAAAGGUACAUGAACUAAACCACCAUGCGGCUACUAAAGAUUGCUGAAGGGGUCGACAAUCCCAACUCCAAGUACCGUCGUGACACUCUGCGGGAGAUCCUUUUACUUGUUCUAGGAACGAUCAUAUUCUUGGGUAGCUCUUUUACCAUCUACCGGAUCUAUUUCCACCCCCUAGGAGGGUCUCUCGGUGAAAAGUUAGCCGCUCUCACAAACGCGAGAGAUUCCAUUCGACGUUCACUAGCGGCUUGAUGCCCGAGCUAGCUGCAGACCCCAUUCAGCUGGUCGUAUCUAAGUCUU